UUCAACUCUGUACGUAAGAAAAAUCACACAAAGUGCCAAUGAAUGUAAUGAAUGCAAUGAAAACUCACGUGCCUGUGCGAAAUAAAAUUGAAUGGAAAAUUUACCAUUGGAAAUCCGCGCUAGAAUCUAAUCAUCGAUCUUAUACAUCGGGCUCGAAUUCAAACACAAUAACCAAUAACUUCACAUAAAAAAAUAAUUAAAUUAACUAAAUAAAUAUAAAAAAAAAUUGUUUAAAAAAAAUAUUUACCGAAACAAUUACACCAAUCGUACGAUAUAUAAUAUUCGUAAUUGCUGAGAAACAUCUAAGUUGUUUAUUGACCGACCUAUUUAACAAUUACAAACGAACUAUUUCAAUCGCGGAAAAAAAACCACACAAACAAUUAUACGCCUUUCGAUUUUCGUCUCAUGGUGUGUCAAGGAUCCGAUCAAGAAAAGCAUAAAAUUGUGUUUUACCCUUUCAAUUGGUCCAGUUGAAAUAACAACGGAUUUGGUUGUUUUUAAUGCUGUAAACAUUUUUGAAUUGAUUGUGCUAACUGACGACCACAAAUGUCCAAUAAGGUGAAAUUUUUUUGUGAAGUAAAAAUCGUUGCGAAAAAUGUCGUGGUCUGUUGGAACUGUUUAUUCAAAGCCGUGGUUUUGGAAGAAGGGUAAUCGCGUAUCAACAGUUAGUGAUUUAUUGACAAUUAAAAUUGGUGGUGAUCCAAAUGAUAAAAAAGUGAAAAAAGAAAACAAUCGAAUUAAGUCAACGAAGUAUACAUUAAUCACAUUCCUACCACAAAAUUUGUUGGAACAAUUUCGACGAAUAGCAAAUUUUUAUUUUUUGAUUAUGACCGUUAUAUCGCUGGUAAUUGAUAGUCCAGUAUCACCGCUUACCUCGCUAAUGCCGCUAGUAUUCGUAAUAUCCGUUACCGCAGCGAAACAAGGAUAUGAAGAUUUUUUAAGACAUCGAGCAGACAAUAUGGUAAAUUAUUCCUAUGUGACUGUUAUUCGUAAUGGAGCUGAAGUAGACGUAAAAUGUCAAGAAAUAGUGCAAGGCGAUAUAGUAAUGGCUGUUAAGGAUUGUGAUGUACCAUGUGAUUUAGUUUUAAUAAAAUCCAGUGAUCCGAAUUUAAAGUGUCAUAUCACUACUGCCAAUUUGGACGGUGAAACCAAUUUAAAGACUUUAAUGGUUCCUAAAGGACUGCCAAAUGUUGCCAUAGACAAAUUACAUACAUUGGGCACCAUCGAGUGUGAACAACCACGAACUGAUUUAUACACAUUCACUGGACGCAUUGAAUUGGGUCCGAUUCAUCGUAAGGAACGGGACAGUAUUUUAACUGAAUUUCAGGAGGGACGUCAUACUCUGCCACUGAUGGCUGAAAAUCUUCUAUUACGAGGAUCGAGAAUCAAAAAUACAGAAUGGGCGAUCGGCUGUGCUGUAUAUACUGGUCAAAACACAAAAUUAUCGCUGAACAGCCGACUGACCAGAAAGAAGAUAUGUUCGAGCGAAAAAUAUGUGAACAAAUUCUUAGUGUUUUUCCUUUUAAUAUUAAUUGCAAUUGUGACCACAUCAUACUUCCUGAAAAGAUACUUCGACAUAUACCAUUCAGAGCACAAUGUCUACUUAGGCGAAAUAAAUCCGGAUGCUAAUCCAGUCACGCAAAUCCUCCAAGAUUAUUUUUCCUUUCUGAUCUUGUUCAAUUAUCUGAUACCUAUAUCACUGUACGUUACAAUUGAAUUGCACAAGUUCAUUGGAUCACUGUUCAUGGAGUGGGAUAUUGAUUUGUAUGAUGCCGAAACGAAUCAACCAUGCAUUGUAAAUACGUCUGAUUUGAAUGAGGAACUCGGUCAGAUUAACAUCUUAUUUUCGGACAAAACGGGAACUUUAACCAAAAAUGAAAUGAUUUUUCAAGAAUGUUCGAUAAACGGCAAAAAGUACAGUUUCCUUGGUUCGGGUAUUAGACAGGAGGGACGACCAAACAUUGUCAAGAUUCAUGAAUUCAAGGAAGAUGUUUUUGAUUUCUUCCAAACAUUGUCUGCAUGUCAUACCGUUCAAGUGGCAACGGUUGCCGAAGCGGAAGUAGAACCAUCUGCAACCCAAAAUGGAAAUGGUAGUGUAAACGGAAGCAUAAAUGGAAAUUUAAAUGGAAAUGGGGUAGAACUUCGUUCGGUGAAUUCGUUCACAAACAUAACGGAAGAGAGUGAAGUGAACAACACACAGGAGUCGGAUUUUGACGAAACUGAUUUUGUAAAGCAACAAUCUCACGAAACCAUCCAAAACGUUCCAUACGUCGGACCCAUUGGCGACAUAUCACCUCUGCUAAACGAAAGGAAAGUGAACAUUCUGGACGCUAAUGACAACAACAAUAUCAAGCCACCAUUAGACAAUAUGAUCGCAAAGCGAUUGGACAAUAAAGUGCAUCCGAGACGGCCAGUCAGUUUAUUCGAAACUGAAACGCAAAGUCCACCACCUGUUAUAAAGUUAGCCCGGCCACUAUCGAUUGAGUUUACAAGAACGAUUUCACACAUCGAAAUGGAACCGAGAGGACCUCAUAUGACACACAGACGAACGCAAUCAUAUGGUGCAUCGACUAAUCACAAUAGGCAACAAGGCACGACAUUAGCCUCGAAUCUUAGACCACAAUCAAGAGCAGCGGUUUUGUUACGUCAUUCGGGAACGAUAACAAGUAUGAGAGAGUACUAUGCCGCACCAUCAUUCAUCGAAGCGUCGCUAAUCGAAAGAAAAGAGUCAGUUCGGCGAAGGCAAGAGAUCAACAAUGCGAUUCAAGAGUUGGACUAUCAAGCAUCCAGCCCUGAUGAAAAAGCGCUGGUUGAGGCUUGUGCUAAGAUUGGUUUCUUGUACACCGGUGAAGUGAACGAUAUUCUGACUGUGAAAAUAAAACCAUACCAAAGCGCUUACAUUAGGAAACCUACUGUUGACAACGAUCUACAUUUUGAGAGAUUGCACACGUUAGAGUUUACGUCCGAUCGCAAACGGAUGAGCACACUAGUAAAGGAUCGUAAGGGGCAGAUCUGGUUAUUAACGAAAGGAGCAGAAAGUCAUGUUCUACCCUUGUGCCAACAAUCGCCCGGAACAUUAAUAGCUGAAACGCAAGGGCAUAUCAAUGACUUUGCGAAGGUCGGUUUGCGUACGCUGGCUGUUGCCAGAAAGAAAAUGACCUUAGAGGAAUAUGCUACCUUUGAUAAUGAAAUCACAGCGGCCGGGAAUUCGCUAACUGACCGAAGCGUUCGGAUAGCUGAAGUACAAGCAAAGCUAGAAAACAAUUUGGAAUUACUUGGAGCAACCGCUGUGGAAGAUGCACUUCAAGACAAUGUCAAAGAUACGUUGGAAUCAUUACGACAUGCUGGUAUUAAAGUCUGGGUUCUGACCGGUGACAAAGUCGAAACAGCUUUAAAUAUUGCUCUGUCUUGCGGACACAUACCAGAAAAUGCGAACAAAUAUUUUAUUACCGAAUGCACCGCCGACAAUCAACUGUUGGAACACUUUGAUGUUCUGGAAAAUGAAAUGCAACAAGACCCGCAGGCUCUAUUCUCUCUAUUGAUAGAUGGUUCUAGUCUGAGCAUUGCACUGACCAGCUAUCCGAAACGGUUCCGUGAUUUAGCAAUUAAAUGUAGAGCUGUAUUGUGUUGUCGAUUGAGUCCGUUACAAAAGUGCGAAGUUGUUCGGCUGAUGAAAACAGUGAAAGAGAAACCAAUUACAGCGGCUAUUGGAGAUGGGGCCAACGAUGUGUCAAUGAUACAGGAAGCUCAUGUUGGACUUGGUAUUGUAGGACGUGAGGGCCGACAAGCCGCAAGGUGUGCAGAUUAUGCGUUUGCGAAUUUUUGCAUGCUAAAAAAGGUGUUGUUGGUACAUGGAUAUUACUAUUCACAAAGACUGGCACUUCUAGUUUUGUAUUUCUUUUACAAAAAUUUAGUUUUUAUGUUAAUUCAGCUCUACUUUCAAACCAACAGCAUGUUUUCGUCCGAAACCAUUUACGAUUCCGUGUUCCUAACGUUGUACAAUGUGGCAUACACAUCGCUUCCCGUAUUAGUCAUUUCACUAUCGGAGAAAAUUUACCCAGAGGAGAGGCUAAUGAACAAUCCUCCGUUGUACAAAGAAAAUACUGGCAACAAACGUUUAACAUGGAAAUAUUUUGUCGGUUGGAUGCUUCUUGGCUGCUAUCAUUCCGUGGUUAUUUAUAUGUCCGGCUAUGCAAUGUGGAUCAACAACUGUGCAAUUUUAUCGACUGAACGAACCGCUGACUUUCAAAGUUUCGGUACAUUUAUGAUACACAAUGUGGUGGUCCUGGUCAAUUUAAAACUGUGGUUGGAAGCGAAAUAUCAGACCAUUUGGUUCGUUUUAUCCUGUCUCGGAUCGAUUCUAUUUUUCGUUGCUUCGACGGUUAUUUACAAUUUGUUCAUUUUUCGGUGGGAUGAUGAAAGCUCAUUUUACUCCGAAUUAGAAAGAAAUUUCGAUGGUGAUUUGCUAUGGGUGUACAACAAUCUACUGACAUCACUAACAUUUUGGCUGCUAUUUAUUAUGAUCCAAGUGGCAUCCCUAUUACCAGACUUCGCAAUAAUGGCAUUCAGUGCAUUUAAUAUCAAAAUUGGUCCAAUCUUUCCCGGCGAAGAUUUUCGCUUGCGAACACUGUACAAAAAGCGUAAAAUCGAGUCCACAUAUUUAUAGUGCAGUUCGGAUGCAUUAUUUGGUACAAAGAACGUUUGAGUAUUGUGGCAUGAAUAGAAAACAUGACAAACGGGCAAUACGGAUUUUUUAAUUUGUUGUCACUUUAGGAUUUGAGUUUUAUAUAGUAAUUUAAAGAUCAAAUUGUGAAAACCGCAGUGUUGCAUGUAAAUUAAAUUAUGAAUUUAAGUUUUGUAUUAUUUACUAAAUGUUAUUUAUUAAGG